AUGAUACCCCUCAAGCGGCGAAACGAGAAAUUUAUGCCGGACGAACGUCGGAGGCCUACUCGACAAGUGGGAGCCACGACCGAGGGCCUCGAUGCGCAAAGAUCCCUGUUCCCCCCCUCUGGAUUGUUGGGGGUCAUCCUGGCCCUCCAGCAUAAGGCAAGCACUCACCUCUGGGACACAGACCAGAGCCACGCCGCCCUGACGGCUCCACAAGGCCUGGCCAAGAUGGCCGACGGCAGGGCUAUUAACCUGCAACAGCAGAAUGAUGAGGUCUGGGCAACGGCUUUCAAGGCUAAAUUCGAUGAAAUCUGCCAGCGCUUCUGGGACCGCAUCGAGGCUGGGUGCCCACGUCCUGCACCGGUACCUGCCUCAAGGGCAAUGAGCCAAUGCACACCCCUUAAACCGCAGACGGGCCACCCGAAUAAAGCGUUGCCACCGCGAGAACGGGCACAAGACACGGAGACCCGGAGGACAAAGCAAAGACCGGGCAUCACCCGCACAAAAUGGCCACGCAAAGGCCGGGCAAAGGCAUCACAGAAACUGGCAGGAGGCUCCUAUAGACCGUCCACCACCAAGCAGGGUCCCAACAGACCACAACCAGCAGGGCACCACCACUGGACAAAACGCCCGCCGACAUCAUCCGCCCAGUGCACCGCCAGCCCCGCUGGAACAGGCCUGAAGGGCAGAGACACUCAGCCACCAGACACACACCUAGCAAAAAACAAUUCCUUACCACAGCCAGGACCGGAGAAGCCACAGCAGACCAGCACCUGCAGGUACGGGGCUCACCUCCUGCAGCCGAUGCCUCAGACAGCACUGGGGGGCACUGAUACUCCUCCCGAGUACAUGUGGUUCCUGCCGAGAGCAGGAGUCAGGUGA